GUAUAAAAACGAAUCCCUAUUUUCAUGUCUCUUGGCCUCUGGGAAGAGGCUGGUGAGGUGGCCUUACGGUCCUGUCUCUAGCUUCCUGCAUCCCCAAAUUGGAGCUGGGGUCUGCGGCAUUAGGCAGAGCCUCCCCAUUAACAGAGCUGCCCUGCCGUUUCUCCAGGUGCACCCCGACAUCGGCAUCUCUUCCAAGGCCAUGAGCAUCAUGAACUCCUUUGUGAAUGAUGUGUUUGAGCGGCUGGCCAGCGAGGCCUCCCGGCUGGCCCAGUACUCCGGCCGAACCACACUGACGUCCCGCGAAGUCCAGACGGCUGUGCGUCUGCUGCUGCCUGGGGAGCUGGCCAAGCACGCCGUGUCUGAGGGCACCAAGGCCGUCACCAAGUACACCAGCUCCAAGUGACCCGGGGGCCUGACUUAAAAAUAAAGGGUGACCUGUUCCUGCACACUGGUGAUUUGAAAAAUGGAUGUGUGGAGGUGAGGUGUGAUUUGGGGCAAGGGUAUCGUCACUCUAUGGCCACCAAGGUGAAAUAAUGAUUCAUAUGUUGAAAAACCUGCUUUCUAGGUAUACCCCAUCAGUGACACAUGAUAAACGGUUGAACAGGGAGUGAGCUGAGGUAGAACUCGGAGCUGGAUUAGCAUCCUGGAUAUGCUGCCAGCUCUUUCCAUCACGCUUUCUUUGGGCCUGAAAUUCCUCGUGUUUGUUACUCUUUGUGAUGCCAUUUCUGGCAAACUCAUUUCUGUCCUGUGCUGGGCAUGGGGGCUACACAGAUCCAUUCUUCAAGAUACACAAACAGGAAAUCCCAAACCAGCUUCCCAAGAGCCUGCCAGGAUCUGUAAGAUGUUUUUUCUUUUCCUCUAACGUCUUCCCCUUCAUUUCAGAACAAAUUGGUGGGAAUGUUUUUGAGACUCCUAACUUUCCUGCCCCAAUUUUAUUCUGAAAAAUCUCAAACCACAGAAAAAUCGCAAGAAAGUACAGUGACCACUCGUAUGUCCUCACCUAGAUUCACCACUUAACGUAUGGCCGCAUUUGCUGUCUCUCUCUCUCUCUCUCUCAGCCUCUGCUCUAGUGGUCAUGUGACCCAUAAAUGCCGUCCCAAGCUCUGAGGGGCUGGGA